AUGCCUCCGAAUAUCCAUACAUCGCCAGCCGCCAAGACGUUAACAGUACCCUUCUCCCUACAGAAAUUCCUUGGAAAUCCCAAUAUCAAGGACGUGCAGUGCGUAGGGUCAUACAAUAGGAUUCCCGCUCGUCGACCUACGAUAAUGGUCCCAGGACUACCCCGUGUCUGGACGAGGCUAGUCCCGCCAUUUUCUAUCGUAUCUGAUCCAAAUCUACGCCAAACUGAGCGCAGAAUGCCUCCUUUCAUCCGCUCCAUGCCCUUCCACUCACUCAUGUGCGCCAUAGACGCAAAGAAGCUGGACAGUAUCCCAUGGUCUUCAGUUGACUUUGUCACUGAUUGCGGAACCUUGCGCCGGCUUCUAGAGGUCGUCAAUGCCUCUACUGAUAGGAAAGAGCUCCGUCUUGUUCUACAAGUCGUGGGCCAGCACACAAUUCUGUUGAAUGACAGUCCUUCACAGACAAAUCCCAUCGUCAAAAAGGACAAUGCUGUCAGACAGGACAAAGACUCCUUCGGUUAUUCUUUCGAAAUGGCCACAACCACAAUGCCACUUGGCGGCGGAGGAGCUUCCAAAUAUUAUCGAAUUUUACAAUACGUGUUUGGCGAUCUUCGCAUGAUCGUCCGGGCCGAAGUCGAUGCAUGUCUAAGUGUGCGCGAACAAAUAUCUCCAUCCGAAUCAACGCCCUCAAAGGAUGUGGCAGGUCUGCGCAUCAUUGCCGGCGGUACCCAUGUUCCGCAAGAAAGUAUCCUGGAGCUCAAAUCGCGUAGCGGGAAAAAUCAGAGACAUUCAACCCUGAAGAGUCACUUUUUCCCGCAAUUGUUCUUCUCGCACACCUCGAAUCUCAUCGAGGGCGCGCACACAGACGGCACCGUGUCCGACAUCCGCCACCACGACUUUUCUGGUGAAAUGGAGCCUCCGCCCGAAAGUCGAUCACAUGAUCGGUUGUGCGUCUUGGUGGCGGCUUUAAAGCUGCUUCAAGAGACUGCGAUCAGCCGCAGUCGAAGCGUCCGAAAGGGUCGAUUGGUCGUUGUAUUUCAUGGGAAGCAACUGACUGUUUAUGACCCACAAGGCGUCGACGGGCUAUUGCCGCAGGCUAUUGUCAAGAAAUUCUGGCCUCGAGGUCCUACUUAA